CACAGGGGACCUCCUUAUUCAGUGGAAGUUUGGAAACCAGCAGAGAAAGAGCCAACAUGCCAGUUGAUUUGAACGGAUACUGGAAAAUGAUUUCCAAUGAUAACUUCGAGGAGUACUUGAAGGCCCUUGAUGUAAAUGUUGCCAUCAGGAAAAUCGCCACCUUGUUGAAGCCUGACAAGGACAUCGUCCACGAUGGGGACCACAUAAUCAUCAAAACCCUGAGCACCUUCAAAAACUACAACAUGGACUUCUAUGUAGGCAAAGAGUUUGAGGAGGAUCUGUCUGGAGUGGAUGACAGGAAAUGCAUGACCACCAUCACCUGGGAUGGAGACAAGCUGGUGUGUGUGCAGAAGGGAGAGAUUGAAGGAAGAGGCUGGACCCACUGGGUGGACGGAGACGAGCUUCAUCUGGAGCUGAGAGCCGCAGGAGUUGUUAGCAAGCAGGUCUUCAAGAAGACCUAAGCUGGCUCUUGCUGAAUGAGGCGGUGGCCCCGGCUGAAAGUGGCUCACAGAGGCUACAUCCAUGCUUCCUCCCAUGCCUCUGACAUACAGUCUGACUUCCCUUUGGUUCAUUCAUACAUCAGCCAAUAUUUUAUGUAUUUCCCUGUUACAAAUGCUAUUUUUAUCACGCAAAACGUUCCAUCAAAAUUACUCUGCCAAAGCCAAUUCAUAUGCAGCACAAUGAAGGCAGGUCAGCCUUGUCUGUCAUGUAACAUCACAAAAUGCGAUACUGUAUAAUUGUCUCAGGGUGGGCGCUCUUUUGAUUAACAAGUUUAGAUGUGCUGGAUGCAAACCGCUACUGUAGGUGUAGCUAAUCUAAUGGAUGAGCCAGAUUGAUAAUGCAAUGCACUAAAACGACCAGAGGGAUAGUAAUGUAACAAAUUAAAAGGGUCAAUCCCAUUUUAGUCUUCUGAAUGAUUGCUUUGGAUGGAAAAAAAAGAGGAUGAUGGGAAAAGGUGGAAAUCAGAAAAAAAAGAUGGAAAUCUGAGUGUGUUUGAGGUCUGUAAACUCCUUUGUUACUGAUGCUCAGUCUCAAAAAUGGAUAUCAGACAUUAUGUGUGUAUUUAUCCUUCCCAUUUUCUUUGGGACUGCACCACUGAUAGUAAUAUGAAUGAAUCAAUAAAGUAAACAGU